AAGCCCGUCCGGUAAAGAUUCCAAAGCAUUUCCUGAUUUCCUGCAGCGCAAGUUAUUUCCUAGCUUGUAGAAAUAAGCGUAGCUCCCCAAGCUUAAUAGGCUAAUAGCUACCCUCACACCAACCAGCUCGACUCUGCUUCCUCUUCUUCGUCACAACUUUUCUGUUCUAAGCUCUGAACAUGACGAUCGAUCCUAAGGCUAAUAAUGGCGCAGCCCCAGAAGAGGCUACUCUGAAAGUCCCGUCCAAGGACCCGAAGAAGAAGAAGGAUGAGAAAAAGGAGGAAGAUCUCUCGGACGAGGACUUGGCGCUGAAGCAGCAAUUGGAGCUGUAUGUCGAAAGGGUUCAGGAUUCGGAUCCUGGUGUGCAGAAGCUCGCCCUAGAAAGCAUGAGGCAGGAGAUACGAACCUCAACAAGCUCCAUGACUUCUGUUCCUAAGCCAUUGAAAUUUCUCCGUCCGCACUAUGGAACCUUAAAGGCAUACUAUGAAACAAUGGCGGAUUCAGAUCUGAAGAAAUACCUUGCUGAUAUACUUUCAGUUUUGGCCUUGACUAUGUCAGCUGAAGGUGAACGGGAAAGCCUGAAAUACAGGUUAUUGGGUUCAGAGGGAGACAUCGGCUCAUGGGGUCAUGAGUAUGUAAGGAACCUUGCUGGAGAAAUUGCACAGGAGUAUACAAAGCGGCAGCAGAUUGAGGAGGCGCCAAUAGAUGAUCUUAUGGAGCUUGUGCAACAAAUUGUUGCAUUCCAUAUGAAGCAUAAUGCUGAACCUGAAGCUGUAGACCUUUUAAUGGAGGUUGAAGAUCUUGAUCUGUUAGUUGAACACGUUGAUGCUACAAAUUUCAAAAGAACAUGCUUGUACCUUACUAGUUCGGCCAGCCAGGAGUUGGUCAACCUUGAGAUCGAAGAGGAGAUACUCCAAGGCAGUGUUUUAAAAAGCUAUCUCCCUGGACCAGAUGAUAUGUUAGUGCUGGACAUAGCUUACAUGAUUUAUCUUAAGUUUGAAGAGUACCCUAGUGCACUUAGGAUUGCACUCUUCCUGGACAACUUGCAGUAUGUGAAGCAGAUAUUUACAUCUUGUGAUGAUGUUCUACAAAAGAAGCAGUUUUGUUAUAUUCUUGCUCGACAUGGUGUUGCAUUUGAACUUGAUGAAGAGAUGGUUGCAGACGAUGAUGACCGGGAAGCAUUGCAGGAUAUUAUCAACAACACCAAAUUAAGUGAGGGAUAUCUUACUCUUGCUCGUGAUAUAGAAGUAAUGGAGCCCAAAUCCCCUGAGGAUAUAUACAAGGUGCAUUUGCUUGAUGGCCGGGCAAGUGCUGGUGCGAGUGUCGACUCAGCGAGGCAGAACCUAGCCGCCACCUUUGUCAAUGCUUUUGUGAAUGCUGGUUUUGGCCAGGAUAAGUUGAUGACUGUUCCUGCCGAAGCUUCAAGUGGUGGUUCCACUGGAAGCUGGUUAUUCAAGAAUAAGGAACAUGGGAAAACCAGUGCUGCAGCAAGUCUGGGUAUGAUUCUGUUGUGGGAUGUGGAUUCUGGACUUGCACAGAUUGAUAAAUACUUCCACAGCAAUGACAACCAUGUCAUUGCAGGUGCAUUAUUAGGAGUUGGCAUUGUCAACUGUGGUAUUAAGAAUGAUUGUGAUCCUGCGUUGGCACUUCUAGGUGAUUAUGUAGGAAAAGAUGAUUCAAGUGUUCGAAUUGGUGCAAUAAUGGGCCUUGGCCUCGCUUAUGCAGGAACCCAAAAUGAACAGAUAAGAAGGAAAUUAUCUCCAAUUCUGGGAGAUGCAAAAUCUCCACUUGAUGUGAUUGCCUUCACUGCUAUCUCAUUGGGUUUGAUUUAUGUUGGCUCAUGCAAUGAAGAGGUUGCUCAGGCCAUUAUCUUUGCCUUAAUGGAUAGAAGUGAUUCAGAAUUGGGCGAGCCCCUCACUCGGCUUCUGCCUUUAGGCCUUGGCCUUCUAUAUCUUGGGAAGCAGGAAAGUGUGGAGGCAACAGCUGAGGUGUCCAAAACUUUUAAUGAAAAAAUUAGGAAAUAUUGCGAUAUGACCCUACUAUCUUGUGCCUAUGCUGGAACUGGGAAUGUACUCAAGGUUCAAAAUCUUCUGGGGCACUGUGCACAACAUCUUGACAAGGGUGAGACACACCAGGGUCCUGCUGUUCUUGGAAUUGCUAUGGUAGCAAUGGCUGAAGAAUUGGGUCUUGAGAUGGCCAUUCGAUCAUUAGAACAUUUAUUACAAUACGGAGAGCAGAACAUCCGGAGGGCAGUUCCUUUAGCUCUUGGUCUCCUUUGCAUAUCCAAUCCGAAGGUCAAUGUUAUGGAUACGUUAAGUAGACUCAGUCAUGAUACAGAUUCAGAAGUGGCAAUGGCGGCCAUCAUAUCGUUAGGUCUUAUAGGUGCAGGCACAAACAAUGCUCGAAUUGCAGGCAUGCUUCGCAACCUUUCGAGCUAUUACUACAAAGAAGCUAGCCUGCUCUUCUGUGUGCGGAUUGCUCAAGGUCUUGUUCAUUUGGGGAAGGGGUUGCUGACUCUUGCACCAUACCAUUCUGACCGGUUUUUGUUGUCGCCGACUGCACUUGCUGGAUUAUUAAUCAUGCUUCAUGCCUGUCUUGAUAUGAAAUCAAUCAUCUUGGGAAAAUACCACUAUGUCCUGUACUUUCUUGUUUUGGCAAUGCAGCCGAGAAUGCUGCUGGCUGUGGAUGAAAAUUUGAAACCUCUGUCUGUGCCGGUACGGGUGGGCCAAGCUGUUGAUGUGGUUGGCCAGGCUGGUCGACCCAAGACCAUAACAGGAUUCCAAACACACUCAACCCCUGUUUUACUUGCAGCUGGUGAUAGGGCUGAAUUAGCUACAGAGAAGUACAUUCCACUUUCACCCAUCCUGGAAGGUUUUGUGAUCUUGAAAGAGAACCCCGAGUACCGGGAUGAUCGUUGAACUUGAUGUUUCCAGAAACCUUGUGAAUUGUGAUUACAAUUUCAUCAAUCAGAAGUUUCCAACCUGGUGGGCAUGGACCCUCUUGUGCGCGUUGCUAACAGGGAAGUGGCUGUCAUUCCGGUGUGAAGUUGGGAGUAUCUGGAGAUCUCCCUGACCUUGUAUCAACGGUUUUUAAUUUACGCAUACGUAUGCUUGAAAAGGGAAGGGGCUAAAGGUUUUUAAUUUAUCCAUACAAAUGCUUUGGAAAGGAAGGUACUAAAGAGAGGAGAAAGGGGAAGACUUGGGGAAGGGGUUGUAAUUUAAACACCGAGAUUUCGACUUGCAUCCAAAUUCUUAACUUUUUUGUUUUA